GUACAGAGGACGAUAGUUUGCCUACUUGCUUCAUCUGCAUAGGAAUUAUUUUUUCUGGAGCCAUGUAGCCUGAAAGAGUCCAGAGCAUAACUAGAUGGAAGGACAAAGAGAGACACGGCUAUAUGAUGCAGCACUUGGAGGAGACGUGCCAUCUUUACUCGAAUUGCUCCGAGAUGAUCCUCUGAUCCUCGAUCGAUGCAUCAUCGAGAAAUCAUGUCGUUUUGUGCAGUCCCCGUUACAUGUAGCAACUAAUCAUGGGCACUUGGAGUUCAUAAAAGAGAUUUUAUGCCACAAAGCAGAGUUAGCAGAGGAGCUCGAUCAAUCAAAAAGAUGGUCACCUCUACAUAUAGCCUCAGCAAAAGGACAUUUAGAGAUAUUGAAGGAGUUGCUUGCAGUAAAUAGUAGCAUGUGCUUUGUGCGCGACCAAGAUGGAAGGAACGUUAUUCAUGUUGCAGCCAUGAAUGGUCAAAUUCAAGUGCUUGGUGUGCUUCUUCGAGCUAAGCCACAGGCAGCUCGAGAACGGACUACCGAUGGCGAAACUGUUUUACACUUGUGUGUUAAACAUGUCAGUCACAGGCUCUUAUGUUCUUGGUACGAACUAUGGGUGAUGCUCAGCUUCUUAACUCCAAGGAUAGUGAUGGUAAUACUAUCUUACACCUAUCAGUCGCAGCUAAACAUUACGAGUCCAUUGAGUUCUUACUCAAGGACAAGAGGAUGGAGAAAAAUGCAAUCAACGCCAAUGGCUUAACCGCGAUGGACACUUGCAUCCAGACCAAGAAAGAUGG